AUGGAUCUCUGUUAUGAGGCUUUGAAUGGAUCCUGUGGGAAGUAUGUGCAACCGAACAGUGUCCACGUUCCAAAGCUCAUCGCUGUGAUGUUGAUCACUUUUUUGACUGUCAUUGGGAAUUUACUGGUCAUCAUCUCCAUAGGGCAUUUCAAGCAACUCUACACACCAACAAACCAGCUGAUUUUGUCUCUCGCUCUGUGUGACUUUCUGCUCGGGAUGUUUAUAAUGCCAUUGAGUGCCGUUCGUUCCAUUCAGGGCUGUUGGUACUUUGGUGAUUUCUUGUGCAAGUUACACACAUGCGUUGACAUUACUCUCAGCACCUCUUCGAUUUUCCAUCUUGUGAGUGUGUCGGCUGAGCGCUGUUGCGCCGUGUGCGGCCCUUUAACGUAUCAUUCCCGCAUCAGUUUUCCAACUGUGCUGUUUAUGAUCUUUACCAGCUGGCUAAUCCCUGCCAUAUUCGCUUAUGCGAUUAUCUUCUUUGAGCUCAACCUCCAGGGUGCCAAGGACUUCUACGAAACACAUGUACAAUGUGUGGGAGGGUGCCACGUCUUCUUUAGUCACGGUCCGGCAGUGGUCACCUCCCUGGUUUCUUUCUACAUCCCUAGCUUCAUUAUUCUUGGGAUCUAUUCUAGAAUCUACAUGGUGGCCCAAAACCAAGCGAGAUCUAUUAAUCAUCAACUGAACCAGUUUAGGAGAAGUUAUCCAUCAGGAAGCAUGCAACGUCGGGCACUGAAGGCUACAAUAACGAUUGCUAUCGUGGUUGGAGUUUUCCUGGUUUGCUGGACUCCCUUUUUCCUCUGUAACAUCCUGAAUCCUUUUAUUGGCUACACAACACCCCCGAUGCUGAUUGAUGCACUUGUUUGGUUUGGCUAUGUUAAUUCCGCCUUAAAUCCUUUUAUUUAUGCAUUCAUGUAUUCUUGGUUCAGAAAAGCUGUGAGGAUUAUUGUAACUGGGGAAAUAUUUCAAAACAAUAGCAGCAGAAAACAGUUAUACUUGUAA